AGUUCGCCAUUCGCAGGAAACGUAAACAAGUUGUUAACUUUGCGCCAGAAAUUGGAAAAAAAAACAAAAUACACAAAAACCAUGUCGGGUGACGAACAUAUUGUCGAUCUUCAAGAGAAGAAUGAUUUGAAAACUGAGACUGCCUUGGACAAUGACGAAGAGGAGGAUGAUGACGAAAUGGAACAAAUAACGGCUCAAAAGGUGCUCGAGGUUCUGGAGACAGCUUGGAUCAAUGAAAUGUGUGCCCCCGAAAUACUGCCCGAUCAGACGGAUAUGCUGGAGCUAAUGGUCUCUCAGGUGUCGCACAUGGUGGAGCAAAUGAAAGACCUGGACAAGAAUGAUUUCCGUGCUGUGGUGCACAGCAUGGAGCUGGAACGUGUGCGCUACAUCAUGGCCAGCUACCUGAGAUGCCGUCUGCAGAAAAUCGAGACCUUCACCCAGCAUAUACUCAACCAGGAGGAUGUUCGCGAGCCGGACGAUAAGCGCCUGUCGCCGGAGGAGACGAAAUUUGCCAGGGAAUACUCCAGCCAUGUGGAUGAAUACUUCCACAAGGUGGCCACACAGUACAUGCCCAACCAGCAGCGCGGAGAGCUCGAGCAAAGAAUCGUUGCACCCAACCUGAUGAGUCAUGUGUUCCUCAAGGCAAAUGUGGCAGUGCCUGCUGUCAUUGUCGGCGUUGACGAUGAGGAGGUCGACAUGGCGCCCGGCUCCCAGCAUAUUAUUCCAUAUCAACUAGUUGCUGACUUGAUACAAAACAACCAGGGGCAGCUCAUUUAACAAAUAAGAG